CCUUGGAAUUCUGUACUUAUAAUUCAGCAUGUCCAACUUCCAGAAUACCACAUCCUCUUCCAUCAUUUUCCUGCUAACUGGCGUUCCUGGGCUGGAAGCCUUCCACACCUGGAUCUCCAUUCCCUUCUGCUUCCUCUAUCUAACUGCCCUCUCAGGAAACAGCCUGAUUCUCUUUGCCAUUGUCACUCAGCCCAGCCUCCAUGAACCCAUGUACUAUUUCCUCUCCAUGCUGUCCACCACUGACCUCGGCUUGUCCAUAUCCACCCUAGUCACCAUGUUGGGUAUAUUCUGGUUCAAUGCCAGGAAGAUCAGCUUUAAUGCCUGCUUGUCACAGAUGUUCUUUAUUAAACUCUUCACUGUCAUGGAAUCUUCAGUGCUGUUGGCUAUGGCCUUUGAUGGUUUUGUAGCCAUCUCUAAUCCUCUCAGGUAUGCCACCAUUUUAACUGACUCCAGAAUAGCUCAAAUUGGAGUGUCCAUUGUCAUCAGGGGGACACUAACGCUGACACCAAUGGUAGCCCUUCUUAAAAGACUGUCCUACUGCCACAGCCAUGUGCUGCACCACUCCUACUGCUUCCACCCAGAUGUGAUGAAGCUCUCCUGCACGGACACCAGGAUCAAUAGCGCAGUUGGGUUGACAGCCAUGAUCUCUACUGUUGGGCUAGACUCAAUCCUCAUCCUCCUCUCUUAUGUUUUGAUCAUUAAAACUGUCCUCAGCAUCGCAUCCCCAGAGGAGAGGAAGAAAGCCUUCAGCACAUGUAUCUCCCACGUUGGGGCUGUUGCUAUUUUCUACAUUCCAUUGAUCAGUCUAUCCUUUGUUCACAGGUUUGGAAAACAUGCCCCACCCUAUGUACAUACUAUGAUUGCUAACAACUACCUGUUGAUCCCCCCUGUAAUGAACCCCAUCAUCUACAGUGUGAAGACCAAACAGAUACGUAGAGCUGUGAUAAAAAUUCUCCAUCCCAAAGACACAUAGACUCACAGAAUUCUAGAGGCAGCCUACAUCAGGCCUUGUUAUUAAAAAACAGAACUAGUUAUUAUUAAAACCAAGUGAUCAAAAAUUUAAAAUUAAGAUUGGGUUAUAUGUAGGAUAUCAGCUAGUUUGACUCUAUUUUAAAAACGUGGAGACAGAGACAGAAGAAUGGAAGGGAUAAACAGCCUAAAAGGUGUUAUCCCCAUCACCAU